AUGAAGAUUGCUGGCUGGAAUGUCCGCACACUUCGCGACGAAGGAACACAGUCUCUCACCGUCAGGACUCUGUACAAGUAUGGUGUUUGUGUCGCCUGUCUGUCAGAGGUCCGCCUCCCGGAUAGCGGGCAUAGAAUAAUCAAAGUGCCAGAAGUGGCGAUUGCUCUCAGCCCAGCAUCAAGGGCAUCGCUGCUCGCUUGGGAACCAGUCUCCCACGCUGGGGAACCAGUCUACGCACCGACACUGAAGGCUGGACAUGGUCCGUACCGCAAAGGCGCAGUUAUAAACGCCACCGUCAUCUCCGCUGUCUGGACCGGCACCGACACUGAAUGCAGCGGAGGAGGACAAGGACACCUUCGUCUCGUAACAUUUGCGGUCGCUAAUCGUCUUGUGGUGACAAGCAGUUGUAAACGACGACAUCUCGUCCCUUCCACUGAUCUUAUACGGGUGAGUGGCAGACUUUUGAUCUCGGAAGGUGCAGAUACGGGCAGCUCAUGGAUGGAUCAUACACUUGUCCGCGACCGUCUGCGAGAUGGGGGAUCCACCAAAAUCCUGAAGCGAAUCAACGUCGCCAAUCUGAAGCUGCGCGCGGGAGAACAGUUCGGUUUGGAACUUCGCAAUCGGUCUCUCCUCCAACCAAGCUCCGAGCCUCUACCAGAAAUUGAAUGGCAGGCUCUCAAAUCUGCCACCGUCGAAGCGGCCCACGCCCAUCGUGGUGUCACCCGUCACCGAUAUCGGGACUGGAUCACCGGGGAGAGCCUUCGGCUGGUGGAAAAGGCGCCACUGACAGGAGCUGCGAACUUUUGCGAUCUACGGCGCCGCGCAACUUCCGCCAUUCGCGCUGACCGAAAUGCGCAUUGGCGCGCCUUCGCCGAGGAGACUGAGCGUCCAGCAGCCUGUGGCGACUCUCGUAAACUCUACCAGAUGGUGAGGCGGGCGAGUCGCGGAACUACGGGGGUGAGUGAGACGCUUCGAUCCCGUGAUGGUGCUAUUAUCACAGGUCUGGGCGAGCGGCUAAAUCGGUUGAAAGAGAAUUUAACGAGCUACUAA